AUAAUACCGUCUGUACCGGUGAAGGUUCUCGUUUGUUUCUUCGUCGCGAAUUUCCCUCCCCCGGCAUCCUCUGAGAAAGCUUCGAACGGAAUUCCUAGAUUCUGUCCUUUCUUUUUCCGAGCAAAAUUUUCUCGAAUGAAAUUAUGCUCCGUCACUUCUUAAGAAGUCGUCGGCGUUGCUAUCUUCUUUGUCGGCGACGGUUCUCCUCUUCUUCCUCCUCUGAAAGGCCCAUCGAAUCCCCUAACAAUCUCAAUAAUACAAAUCCCGUCCUUUCCCAAUCACCGCUUCCGCCAACGCCGCCGCAAAAUUUUGAAACUCAUCUUUCGGCUCUCCCCACCAAAACCGCCUCUCUUUCUCGGAAUUCUGUUUUUGCUCUCUCCGCCACUCUCCUCUCCGCUCUCGUCGCUUCUGUCGCUGUCUUGUCCGUUGGUAAAGAGAACGACGUGUACGACGCUAUCCCUAAUCCUAGAAAUAGCCCUCUUUACGAAUCAAUCGAACACACGGUCCACAAAUCCAAUGAGUCCUUCAAGAGGAUCGUCCACCACGCGAAACAAACUGGCGUCGCCGCCGCAGUGCUGUGGCAGUCUCUGAGGUCUGUGAUGUCGUCUGCCAACCACGAGGUUCGGGCAGGGUUCGAGCUACGCGUUGCGGCCUUGCUUGCGGACAUUGCCGCAGCCAAUGCGGGUCGCAGGACGGCGAUUGUGAGCGCCGGUGGCGGCGCGGUGGUUGACUGGCUGCUGGAGACGGUAGCGGUAGCUAAAUUAGAUGGUUGCGGGACCCAGGCAGAGGCGGCGAGGGCGUUGGCUUACCUAAUCGCCGAUCCCGACGUGCGCAAAGACGUCCUUGGAAGACCACGCGCCGUUCCUAACUUGUUGAGGUUCAUUUAUUUAAGUCAACCUCAAAAUAAAUCUAAAAGGCAUUCGAGACGUAGUUCAUUAGAUAUUUCUGAUUCUUCGAAAGGCAGGAGUAUGCUUGUGGCUGCUAUUAUGGAUAUUGUUACAUCCAAUUGUGAUAGUGUAGAGAAGGUAUCUUUUAAGCCUUCCUUACCGGGGAAUGCGGAAAUGAGAGAUAUUGCAGCAGCCAUUCAUGUUAUCGAGGAAGGUGGCAUGCAUUUAGAUGAGGGAGAAAGAAAUGAUGAUGAUGAUGAUGGUGGAAGAGGGAUGAAAGGGAUUGGGAUUAAAAUUCUCGAAGGAACCACUGUUUUAGGAUUGUCAAGAACAAGUGAGCUUAUGAUGUUUGAUCAUUCUGAUGAUACCAAUGUAGAAUCAGAUAGGGGUACUCCGAAAACGCUUGCUUUAUUGAAUAAGCAUGAUAGUUCAGUAGGACAAGCCAAUUUGUCUGCUGCUGUUGUUCCUGGUCUUUGGGAUGAUUUGCAUCGCCAGCAUGUUGCUGUGCCUUUUGCUGCAUGGGCUUUAGCCAACUGGGCAAUGGCAUCAGAGAUUAAUAGAUCUCAUAUUGAAGAACUGGAUCAAGAUGGAGAGGCUGUCAUGACUGCUUUACUAGCACCUGAGAGAUCUGUGAAAUGGCAUGGGAGUUUGGUGGCUCGGUUGUUGUUGGAAGACCGUAAUCUUCCCUUAAAUGACUCUGUCUCUGAUUGGGCCUCCAGUCUUCUUUCUACUGCUUCCCAUGCAAGCAAAAAUGAAGACAUUUCCUUAUCUCGAAUGGCUUUAUCUGCCUUUUUAGUUGCUGUUGAGAGGAGCCUGGAAGCACGGAGGACCGUGAUGGAGAAGGGUCUUGAGCUGAUGAGAGUCACUGCAAAGAGAACAGUAAAGCAUCAGCAGGUUCAAGAAGCUCUGGCAAAAGCUUUGGAAUUUCUCUCAACUGAGGACUUGCAUUUAUCUCUUGAAGAAAGUCAAAAGUGGUCUGGUAUACUGCUUUCUUGGGUUUUCGGAAAACCUUCCUCCAACGCAAUCCGAUCUUCUGCCAUAAGAAUUCUUUCAUGCAUUCUUGAAGACCAAGGCCCAUCUUCUCUUCUAAUUUCUCAAGGAUGGUUAGCUCUUUUGCUAAAUGAUAUCCUGAGUUCCUGCAAGACAUCAUCUGUUAAAGGAGGCACUCAGCCUAAGAGUGACACAGCAAAGACUCAGAUCAAUCAGUCUAACAUUCUUUCAGCUGCACAGACUGGUAAUCAGUUAGCAGUUGCUGUAGUUAAUCUGGCUGGAAAUCAGUUGGGAACAACCAAAGAUUCUGUCGAUACCUUCCCCCUGGCAGAUCUUCUUUCUCUCGAACCUUUGGCUGGACCAUUUAAAAAUCUAAAGAAAGAUAAUCCACCUAAGUUUGAUGUUGCUGAUUCUGCAUUGGCAACCCUUAAGGCGAUCAAAGCACUGACUGAAAUUUGUGCUGAAGAUUCUUUAUUGCAGGACAAAAUUACUGAGUUGGGGGUCUUGUGUUUGCUAAGACGCUAUUUAUUACGUGAUGAUUAUGAGAAACUGGCUGCAAUAGAGGCUUAUGCUGCCUCUAGAGCCCCUGAAUCACAAGAAAGGGUUUCAAGCAAUGCUGGUGAAUCAUCACCUUCAAGUACAAACAAUCCAUCUAGUGUCCGAGUCCCACCUACUGCUCACAUUAGGAGGCAUGCAGCUCGACUGUUAACCAUUCUUUCUCUCCUUCCAAAAGUCCAGAAAGUCAUUGCAGCUGAUGAAACUUGGUGUAAAUGGCUUGAGGAUUGUGCUAAUGGAAAGAUUUCAGGCAUCAAUGACCUUAAGAUACGAAGUUAUGCUAGGGCCACUCUGUUAAAUGUAUUUUGCAACCAACAAAUUGGUAUUGACUCAGUAAAUAAUGGUCCUGUAACUAGUGGCAGAGAUGGAACAAGCAUUGGCCCCCAUUAUGGGGACAUGAUAUUCUUAAUUAACCCUGAACUACCCCAUUGGAAGUGUCCUGGAAAAGACCAAUCCACUGUCUGGAAAGAUAAGUCUCUUUCAAGUGAAUUUGAUUCCAUGAACAGUGAUAAUGAACUUGUAACCAAAGUUUCAGAUGUUGGUGAUGCAUCCAGUUCUUUUAAUGUAUCUAAUAAUGAUUCUGAAUCAGAGAUUCCUCAAAUGGAUAUUGUUUUUGUACAUGGGCUGCGUGGUGGACCUUAUAAAACUUGGCGCAUAGCUGAAGAUACAUCCUCAACUAAGUCUGGCUUGGUAGAGAAAAUUGAUGAAGAAGCAGGGAAGCUUGGGACAUUUUGGCCAGGUGAAUGGCUUUCAGCUGAUUUUCCUCAAGCUCGCUUGUUUUCCCUAAAGUACAAGACAAAUCUAACACUGUGGUCUGGAGCUUCCCUGCCUCUUCAGGAAGUUGGCUCCAUGUUGUUAGAGAAGCUUGUUGCUGCAGGCAUUGGAAAUCGGCCUGUUGUGUUUGUAACCCACAGCAUGGGAGGUCUGGUGGUCAAGCAGAUCCUGUAUAAAGCAAAGGCUGAAAAUAUGGACAACCUUGUGAACAACACUGUUGGAGUUGUGUUCUAUAGCUGCCCACAUUUUGGCAGCAAGCUUGCUGAUUUGCCCUGCCGGAUGGGCUUCGUGUUACGUCCGGCUCCAAAUAUAGGGGAAUUGAGAAGUGGUUCUCAACGACUUGAGCAGCUUAAUGACUUUCUUCGUCACCUUCAUAAGAAACAGAUGCUUGAAGUCCUUAGUUUCUGUGAGACGAAGAUGACUCCAAUUGUUACAGGUUAUGGAGGAGUGGCCUUUCGUACGGAAAUUGUCGCUAGGGAAUCGGCCUAUCCUGGAUUUGGUGAAAUUGUGUUGCAGUCAACAGAUCAUAUAAAUUCAUGCAAACCGCUCAGCCGCAGUGAUCCUUCAUACACAGAAGCAUUAGAAUUCCUACGUAAACUUAAAGCUCAAUAUUCACGAAGAGAAGUUUAGUCUUAUAGUCAGCAAACGGCAUCAUUUCUUUCUUUUUUUUUUUAUUGGUUCAUAUCAUACUGAUGUUGGAGUUGAAUUCAACAUAUUAAAUUUGAUUUUUGCUUGGAGGCUGGCGGAAUCAAAUUUUGACAACCAGGAGUGCAGCCUCAUCUUCAAAGCAAAGGGGCUGGGGUUCAGAUAACUAACCUUUAGGAAAAAGUUAGCACCUCCAAAACUAUGCCAUUGUAUAGCAGCCUUCUGUGCAUCCUCCCUCUCUUUUCCUUUUAGACUGUACAUCAGUUUUUUUUAGUACUUUUUUUCCCUCAUUGACUUGUAUCUGUAGAAACUAGAAACCCAUCCAGUGAAUUGGUUCUGAAAAUGCUGUAUAUACUUUGCAAAUAAAAGGAAAUACAAGGAUUGAUCAAAACGUUAUUAUUCAA